UGGGAACGCGUGACCAUGGAGAGAGAAAAUUCCUCGAAUAUCUGAUAUUCGGGCGUCCACCUCGCGCCAACGGGGUAGGAAAUCUAGGUGCCUGCUGCGGUUGUGUAUCAAUCCAAGGAAUUUCCGAACGAUUGCUUGAUUGCAGUUGUUGGGAUUCAAGCCGGCUUGGUCUCAACAACUCCAUGGAUCUCAGAUUCUGAGCAACGGGGGUUUCUAAAGACUUGGUACCACAAGCGGCCUCACAGGACGAUCAGCCGUUUUGAGUCUCAUUUUGGGGAUUAUUUUGCUGGAAGAUUUCGAUUCCAUCAUUGAAUUGGUUGGUAUCUGGCCGGCGGUUCAGCCGCUGGAGUGGUUGUCGGCAUUUUUUUUUUUUUUUUUUUUUUUUUUUUUUUUUNCUGGAUUUACGAUGGCUUUCUCGAUGAUCCCGUUGCUGAACGGAGAGAGAGCUGUGGUUCUAUUCUUCAUCACCAGCGUCUUGGUUUCUCUCCCGUUCUCCCUCCUCUAUCAUGGUCUUGCUCUCUCUCUGCUUACCCUGUCCGCUCUUUGCAUCGAAAUCCAAGCAGAGAGUUCCAAUUCUCUUCAUCAAUUUAAGACCAGGCCAGGUGCUUCAUCAGGAAUACUAUUAGGAGCAAUUACACUUCCUGCUGUAAUGCUUGCUAAGAUGAUUCAGCUUACUAGAGCUUUCUCAUCCAAUCACACCGGACUUGAGGAGAUCGAAACUUGGACUAUGCACUUCUGGUCAACUUCAACCUGCUGUUUGAGUGUGCUUAUGCUUCUCUGGAAUGCUAUGUAUGAGUCUGAUGUUGUUUCGCAAACACGUUUCCAUCGUCUUUGGAGGUUGAAGCUUGGUUUGGGUUGUAAGAUCCUAUAUGGUGUUGUGUGCUAUAGUUCCUUAGCAACAAUGUAUCCGAAUGUUGUCCGCAUGGCUCUUAUGUCGUCGUGGAUACUCUGUCAUGGGUUGGUUGCUUCCAAAUUGAUUCAGCAUCUUCUUAGUACCUUUCCAUCUUGUGCUUCCAUUGGGGAAGCGCUAUUGGUUACGGCUGGACUUGUUCUCUACUUUGGUGACAUGCUAGGAUGUACUACUGCUAAGAUGCUUGGGGCCCUUAGUUCGUCAGAAUUGGUUUCUUUUCAGUAUAUGAUGAACAGAAGUGAGAUUAGUCCCAUAAUUCAGGGUCUGCUGCUUGGCCUUCUUCUGUGCCCAGUGGUCUUUAAACAUCUCCACCGAUGGGAAUACAAUGUGAACACUGAAAACUCUGAAGCUAAGAAAUACUUUGAGAUUAGAAGAUCUAUGAUAUUUUUUGCCGUCCUCGGAUUCAUUUCGAUCGUGGUCGUUCCAUCAUGGAUGAUGUUAGUUCAUGAAUUUGACACACAUCCUUUCUUAUGGGUCAUAUCCUUUACAUUUUCAGAACCAGUUAAAAGACUAUCUUUAUGCGUCUACUGGUUGUCUCUUAUAUGUGCAUCUAUUCUGCGGUUCUACAAUAUCUCAAGAAGUAGCAAGAUCGAGAGAAUUCUUCUUCGUAAAUACUAUCAUCUCAUGGCUGUUUUGAUGUUUCUUCCUGCACUUAUCUUUCAGCCAAGGUUUCUCAAUCUAGCCUUCGGUGCAGCUUUGGCAGUUUUCUUGGCAUUAGAAAUUAUUCGAGUAUGGAGGAUUUGGCCUUUGGGCGAACCCGUGCAUCAAUUUAUGAAUGCUUUCACAGAUCACCGUGACUCUGAAUUUCUUAUUGUGAGCCACUUCUCACUUUUAUUGGGAUGUGCGCUUCCUAUUUGGAUGUCCUCUGGUUACAAUGACCGUCCACUUGCACCUUUUGCUGGAAUACUGAGUCUUGGAAUUGGAGAUACAAUGGCAUCUGUUGUUGGUCACAAGUAUGGUGUCCUGCGAUGGAGCAAAACUGGAAAGAAAACCAUUGAAGGUACAGCUGCUGGUAUCACAUCUGUUCUAGCUGCUUGUUCUAUUCUGCUUCCACUUCUAGCAUCCACUGGAUAUAUUUUGACAGAGCGAUGGCUGUCUCUUCUCCUAGCCGUCACAGUUAGUGGUUUGUUGGAGGCUUAUACAGCACAGCUUGACAACGCUUUCAUACCGCUUGUGUUCUUCAGCCUUCUUUGCUUGUAGAAGCGUUAAGAUCUCCUUUCAGCCGACUCAGCUUGUUGCUGGCUUCUCCAAUCUCCAAAUAAAACUUCAACUUAGCGUCUCAUUAAAUGCCUCAAGUCUUGCAUUCUUCAGCAGAUUGCACACUUUUGUACAAAGAGCUCAUAUUUACUGCUGGAAACCUCUAACAUAUGGUCUCUUCUUGUAUCAUAUUUCGUUAUCUAAUUCAACUUCUAUUCUUUUCAAUUAAAAAAGGUAUAAUGUUAGCUGUAGAGAGGGGAGGGAGGGGUAGAGAUUGUGUAAUUUGCAAUGCUGCGGCGAAGAUUCCUAGAAGAGAGCGUUUAAUUUUUGUAGCAACUUACCAUUGGAACAAAUUAUACUUAUAGAAAUGCAUACAACACAUCCUUGAAACC